UUUGAUAAACCAUGGAGGGAAACCCCCUGGGAAAACAGAGAACUUUUGGAGAAGAACCUCAGGGAGCUUAAGCUGAGCGAUUCAAAUGUUAAGUAUGUCAGGAUCUUGCUUGCUGGAGCAGUGGGAGCAGGAAAGUCCAGCUUCAUCAACUCAGUCAAUAGUGUUUUUCAAGGACAAAUCACAACAGAAGCCCUUGCUGAUACUGUGUCUGGUACAAGUUUUACAAAAACAUACAGAACGUAUUGCAUCAGAAAUGGACAAUCAUUUCUGCCUUUUGUCUUCAAUGACAUCAUGGGCUUAGAAUCCGGAGAUUCACAGGGUGCAGAUCCAGAAGACAUCGCCAAAGCCCUUGAGGGUCUCCUUAAGGAAGGAUACAAUUUCAAUCCAACUGAUUCUGCUAAAAAAGGGGGCUACAGAAGUAAACCAAGUAAGUCUGAGAAUCUGACACAUUGCCUGGUCUACGUCAUAGCAGCUGACAAAGUAUCGAUGAUGAAUCAAGAAAUCUUCAAAAAGAUUAAAUAUAUUCGAGAGAAGGCCAGCGAACUGGAAAUUCCUCAGGCAGUCAUCAUGACGAGGGUGGAUGAAGCAUGCCCACUAGUCCAAAACAAUCUAAGAAAAAUCUACACUAGCAAGAAGAUAAAAGAGAAGAUGCAGGAAUGCUCUAAUUCAGUUGGUGUCCCUGUGAGCCACAUCUUUCCUGUGAAGAACUACCAUGAGGAGAUUGAUACACAAAAUGACACGGAUGUGCUGAUCCUGAGGGCUCUCACGCAGAUUGUGCACAUAGCAGAUGAUCUACUGAACAAAAGAAAAAGUGAAUCGAAAAAAGGAUGUUUCCUAUGUUGCUGUUAAGAAUUGAUUCAUGGUGCACCGGGAAGUGGGUGGAGCUUACAGAGCGGGAGAUGUAUGUAGUUAUGAUGUAUGUGAAUUCUUUGUUCUUUGCCACUUCUCAUCUGACACUUGACUAGUAAGC